AUGUUCUCGGUCCUCUCGUACGGGCGCCUGGUGGCCCGCGCCGUGCUCGGCGGCCUCUCGCAGACCGACCCCAGGGCCGGCGGAGGCGGCGGUAGCGGCGGCGGCGGCGGCGGCGGCGACUACGGGCUGGUGACGGCGGGCUGCGGCUUCGGCAAGGACUUCCGUAAGGGCCUCCUGAAGAAGGGCGCGUGCUACGGGGACGACGCGUGCUUCGUGGCCCGGCACCGCACGGCCGACGUGCUCGGGGUUGCAGAUGGUGUAGGAGGAUGGAGAGACUAUGGCGUUGACCCGUCUCAAUUCUCAGGGACUUUAAUGCGAACAUGUGAACGUUUAGUGAAAGAAGGACGGUUUGUACCGAGUAAUCCCAUUGGAAUUCUCACCACAAGCUACUGUGAGUUGCUGCAAAAUAAAGUACCUUUGCUGGGCAGCAGCACCGCCUGCAUUGUGGUACUGGACAGAAGUAAUCACCGCUUACACACGGCCAACCUGGGCGAUUCUGGCUUCCUGGUGGUCAGGGGCGGCGAAGUGGUGCACCGAUCAGACGAGCAGCAGCAUUACUUCAACACUCCAUUCCAGCUCUCCAUCGCUCCCCCGGAAGCAGAGGGAGUCGUCCUGAGUGACAGCCCAGAUGCUGCUGAUAGCACAUCUUUCGAUGUCCAGUUAGGAGACAUCAUCUUGACAGCGACAGAUGGACUCUUUGACAACAUGCCUGAUUAUAUGAUUCUCCAGGAGCUGAAAAAGCUAAAGAAUUCAAAUUAUGAGAGUAUACAACAGACUGCAAGAAGCAUUGCUGAGCAAGCUCAUGAGCUGGCCUAUGACCCAAAUUAUAUGUCACCUUUUGCACAGUUUGCAUGUGACAACGGAUUGAAUGUGAGAGGUGGGAAGCCAGAUGACAUCACUGUCCUCCUUUCCAUAGUGGCCGAGUACACAGACUGACUGGCCAUGCUGCCAGUUCCUGCCUUCCCCCUUGUUGCCUCACUUCCCUGCCAUGUGUGCUGAUCCUGCUGGCAGGACCGUGUUUCUUUGCCACUGAUCUCAGUGGCCAUUGGUGUAAGCUCUGGCCUGUUUGUUUGAGACCUCUUGAGAACCACUAUCAUUCACUAGCUUGGACCUGCAGGCAACAGCCGAAGAGAAACAGAAGCAGGAUUUGAAGAUGAGCCUUCGUUUUUUCCGGAGGUUUUCCAAGCCUAUUACUUUUCAAAAGCGGUUGAAGUGUUGGAAAUGAGUGAUGUUGAUAAAGUGAAUUCAAAAUUACAGUGUGUUAAAGGGAUGUUAAAAGCCUAACACAAAUAGUAAAUAAUGAUACAUCUACUAGAAAACUGUCGGUCAAAAGCAAUGUUCUCCAUGUAUGUCCUCCAUAGUCACAGUCUCUGGUAUGACUAGAUGUGGCUUUGUGUUCCCAUUUCAACUCCUGGUUCCAGGAGCUCACAGUCCUGCUCCCAAACUUUGCUCUGGGCUAUGACAUCUUGACCCCAGCAGCUUUCUUUGGAUCACAAAUUGGAAGAAAUUUUAAUUAUUGUUCUGUGGUUGCAAAUAUUUUGUGCUUUUUAAAGAUGCUUAAUGUGUUCCUGUGAUUAAAGUUUGGCAGUUUAUUUCUUUGUCUAGAAUACAGGCUGUGGCCUGAUCUAUAGGAGGAGUGGGAAGGAAGACUCCCUCCAGAAUGUUUUAAGGAAAUACUACUCAAGAUUAAAACUCCUCAAGGAAUUGAAUGCUGUGGCUGACAUUCCUCCACCCUGAGAGGAUGCCCCUGUCGGCCUCUGGCCUGGUAGGGUGAGAAUAUACAGCUGUAAUUUGGAACAUGGCUGCCUGUGGACAGCACGCUCUUCCCUUAGCCUGGCUUUCUUAGAGUCUGCCCCGAGUUCACUGGGUCUGUAAGACAGCGGUGCAGCAGCCACAGCAGCACAGAGCCCUGCAGGAGAACAGUGAUAAUCUGACACUCGCAGUUGCCCCAGCAGAAUUAUAGGGGUUUCUGAAUCAAGCUUAAUGUUUACAGUUUCCGAAUAGCCAUUCGCAGUGGAUAGUUUUUUCCUAAAACUACCCCGUGUCAGGUUUCCCGUUGUCUGCAAACUCAAACUGCUUAAGGUUUGUGCACAUGACUGCUGUAAAGAUAGAUAUUUUGGGGUCAGUUUUUUUUUCCUUCAUUAACUUGGUGGUAGAAAAAUAUAUACUUAGAAAUCCUUAAAUUAAAGCCAUGUUUUAUAUAUAAGUCAGGUAACAGUGGUGUACAGAUGAGAAUGCAGUUAAACCUGAUGAGCUCUACUUGAGGAGGAAUAGAAAGUCCCUUCUCUAAAGGAGAUGCUGACUCCUGGUUGAUUGCAUUAAAAUUAUGUUUGAGGUUACCUCAACUUGUUUUAAAAGAUUUUGUUUUGUGAAUUUGUACUGUAUAUUUGAGUAACUGUCGAGCUUUUGUUUUAUUUAAAAUUGUUUAACAUGUACCAUGUACAUGUCAUUACUAUAUUUCAAUGCAUCAUGCUUGUAACAGGCAUUUCAUUUAUAAUAAGAAUGAGUUAUUCAUUUGUAAGCUGUUCAGUAAUUUAUCUACUAUUCCUAAACUGGCAUAAUGUUAGAUACCUAUUUUGAAUCAUCUUUAAUUAAUUACAUGUCAGAAUGCCUUAACUACCCUAACCUGACAAAACUGAAUUCUUUGGUGAGGAGAUACAGAGGCUGGGGGGAGGGUUGUGAGGGACACUGUUUAAAUAAGGAGAAAUCAUCGUGCUCGUACCGAACAUGGAAGCAUGAGGGACAAAUGGUGGGGUAUUUAUUUUGCACAAAUAUUUGCAGUCUCUGUGUAUUUUUUAAAGUUUUAAAAAAAGUUGCAUCCAGACAGGGUUUGUUAAAAGGAAUAUUUAUACUAGGGCCAAUGACUUCAACUCUUUGUUUGGGCUGGUAAUUAUGGUAGUUAUUUUUUGGUCAGAGGUAUGUGGCCUUAUGAUCUGGAUAUAUUUUGCAUUAAUUCUCCAAUGCCACCAUUUAAUUCCUGUUAAGAGCAGUGCUGGCCAUGUCACUGGCUUUGCUCUGCUGUUAUUGACCCCGUCAAACAAUCUUUGUAGAAAGCUAGAUUGAUGGUGACGUACACAACUUAUUUCAUCAACUUCCUUUUUGAGCAAUGAUGGUUAGAAAUCAGCUGUUCCUGGGACACUGAAGAGUAGGGCAGAGUCGCAUUUCCUGGUGGAGUUGACUUUGGAUCUGGCAUGUAGACUAGUGUAUUAAAAUGUUUUAUUUUAUGUCCCUUUCCUCAUCCUUUUUGUUAUGCACUUAAAUUUUAUGACUGCCAGGGGUCGAUGGAGUGAGUGCCACUUCACAUUCCCUCUGGUCAUGGGCUCUGUUGGACCCAAGUCACACACCCAGGUUGUACCACUUGGUGGGUCUCACUUUGAACCUGGCAUGUGUGUAUGUGUGUGUGUGUAUGUGUGUGUGUUCAAUAUAUUUUAAAUCACACAGUGUAAACACACACAUUUGCCUCAUAGAGUGGACUUUUAUAACGAGAAAAUUUGGAUUUCUAAUUUACAAAGGCAAACUAUCUGUCCCUUUCUGGAUGCACCAAAGACCAGUAAAGUUUAUAGCUUUUCCAUCUAUAUUUAUAAAGCAAUACUGUAUUAUAAAAAUGAAUAUUUUUAUCACAUGCUUGAAAUUUUUAUUUUGUUCUGUUUUAAAAUGUGCACUCUAAACAUAUCAACCUUAUUUCUUCCUAUGAACUUAAGCUGCCUGCGCACAAAAAAUAAAAUUACCAAAUGGAGAUGAAGUAGAGAGUCCCUAGACUCUUUAAAAAUGAAAGAAAAGUUGAGGGGGAAAACAAGUUAUUUGUCCUGUGUUACUGUACUUGACUCGGUUGAUAGGUUGCUAACUCACAGAAGAAUCCAUUCCAGGUGUGCCUGUCUGGGGCUGGGCUGUGUGCUAGAGUAGACACUCGGUGCGGGCUUGCGCGGUGGGACAGUGUCCUUUCCCGCCCGCAGCCCUUGUUCUGAACGGAGUAGCCGGCAGACGGAAGCCACCCACAGAACCACCUGCCUACUGCACCGAGCAGCAAGGAAGGAUGGGAGAAUGAGUGAGUCAGUUUUGAAUGUUUCGGAGAUGGUCAACAGGAUUGGCUAGAACUGUAAACGUUUAUACUUCAGGUAAGUUCAUGGCUCCUUGUCACCUUAGACCAGCUAUCUUUGAUAGAAGUUAGAAUGUUCAGUUUCUCUGGAACUGAGUCACUUUUGCAUCAAACAGAUGUUACAAUACCAAAAGAAUUUUUUUUUUUGUUUUAAAUCUGCUUAUAAAACAAAAUCUAAAUUGGAAAACAUUUGGAUUCAAUUUGUUUUAAAAAGUUAAAAUUCGCUGCAAAAUUGGACUUCUUAAUUAAAAAGUGUCUAUGUCAAAAUUGAACUGUUAGCAGGUAGGUCGUGGCAAAGAUGGCUGAAUAAUGAAGCGAAUUUGAAUCUGUGUACUAAUGAGCUGCUGUUUUCUUUUGAGACUAUCAUUGUCAUAUAAGAGGCAAUUACCUGAAUCGGAUGUCUGAAAUAUAACUUAUGCAGGAAUAGUUCUGUAAAUACAUUGAAAUAAACUGUAAAGCUAUUUAAUAAAUAUAGUGUUUAUACUAA